UGUGGCAGGCGGCCGGGCUGAGUGAGUCGCGGGGUCGCGCACUCUGCGGGCGUUGCCGCGCCGCGCGCCGCCGGGUCGUUACAGCGAGAGGCAGGCGGCCCUCAGGCCGGCGGCGCGGGUCUACCUUGGUUCGGCGGACCCAAGGUCUGUGAGCAGCCGCCAUGUCGAUCUUCACCCCCACCAACCAGAUCCGCCUAACCAAUGUGGCCGUGGUGCGGAUGAAGCGCGCCGGGAAGCGCUUCGAAAUCGCCUGCUACAAAAACAAGGUCGUCGGCUGGCGGAGCGGCGUGGAAAAAGACCUUGAUGAAGUUCUACAGACCCACUCAGUAUUUGUAAAUGUUUCUAAAGGUCAGGUUGCAAAGAAGGAAGAUCUCAUCAGUGCCUUUGGAACAGAUGACCAGACUGAAAUCUGUAAGCAGAUUUUGACUAAAGGAGAGGUUCAAGUAUCAGAUAAAGAACGGCAGACACAGCUGGAGCAGAUGUUUAGGGAUAUUGCAACUAUUGUAGCUGACAAAUGUGUGAACCCUGAAACAAAGAGACCAUACACGGUUAUCCUUAUUGAGAGAGCCAUGAAGGACAUCCACUAUUCAGUCAAAACCAACAAGAGUACAAAACAGCAGGCUUUGGAAGUGAUAAAGCAAUUAAAGGAGAAAAUGAAGAUAGAACGUGCUCACAUGAGACUUCGGUUCAUUCUUCCAGUGAAUGAAGGGAAGAAGCUGAAAGAAAAGCUCAAACCACUGAUUAAGGUUAUAGAAAGUGAAGACUACAGUCAACAGUUAGAAAUUGUGUGUCUCAUUGACCCGGGCUGCUUCAGAGAAAUUGAUGAGCUAAUUAAAAAGGAGACAAAAGGCAAAGGUUCUUUGGAAGUACUGAAUUUGAAAGAUGUGGAAGAAGGAGAUGAGAAACUUGAAUGAUAUUCAUCAGUCUCUUCAGCUGUAAAACACUAAAGCUUUUUCAUUUCCACAGUUCUGUUUUCUUUCUGUGGUCUGCCAAAUACUUGCUCAAGCUAUUUGACGUUUUCCAUCUUUGUGUUAAACAUACACACAAAAAGACUUCCUAAAUAAGUGUUAUGAUGUGGGAUUAAUUUAGUUUUAGUUAUAAAGUGAGGUUUUAGGCAAGAAUGAAAAAUCCAAGAGACAAAGUCCAGAGGAGCAUUUUGUUGCUGUCUCACGCCUUUGGAGCUUUCCACAGUGAAAGUUAUUUGAUGCAACUCCUGUGGAUAAAAAGUUAAAUUUUGUACAUUAUAGUAAAGAUAAAUUUGGGAGGAUAUGUCUGCAUGACAAAAAGGGAGUAUUUUGCUGAAAAAGAAAACAUAUAAUGUCUUAUUUCUACUUAAUGAAAUGUGUGUUUAGGGGUAACUAUUGUGACCUAAUUUAAAGCUUGGAUAAUGACUUCCUGAUUUUCUGAAAAAUAGAUAUAUAAUGACUGUGUAGGACUUAAAUAAUAUCCAUUGAACAUGCUGCCAUAACCUAGAUUAUUCUUGGUAAAAAAUAAAGUCAUUUAUUUCUAAUCCUUAAAGUUUAUAAUAUAUAUUAAUAUAGCUGAAAUUAUAUAUAACCAAUAAAACCACUCUUUAUUUUAUUAAA